UUUUGGUGCCCCUCUCUCCAUUGCCGUUGACUGAUCAUGUAAGUAAUUUGCAUCCUUUUUCUUUUUCUCUUUAGAACAACCCAAUCAAACCAUUACAAAUUUACAAUAACAUGGAACCAUUGUUGUGUGUGCUUCAAGUGUUCAUUUAGCUAUUUAAGACAGAACCAAACCGAACCGUCGUCCCCAACAUACAUGAAUGAGUGAGUUUCAGGUCAUAAACUCUAUGGCUUAGUACGAUACCCUAGGUCGGGAUCUUCAAAACCUUGGAGUUCUCAACGCAGACAUGUCUUUAGUGAUGGAUGGAACUGGAACCGGAACUUCAAUUUCGCCAUGGUUUCCACAUGCAGAUUUCUCUUCUGGGUAUCUUGAAGAUGCUUUGCUGGAAUUCACGGAACGAUCGAAACGAAGACGAGUGUCGCUGUAUAAUGAUGAUCGUUAUGAUGAUAAUCAUGAUCAAAUCAGUGGUUUCAAUGAUCUUGCAAUGCAGCAAGGAUACUGGAAUUAUGGCUGCAACUGGGGCCUCUCUGAGGAUUUCACCUGCAUGAGCCAGUUAACAACGGGCAUUAAUGGUGUUUCAGAUGAACCAAUGAGCACAUCGAUAAAAACACCAGAGGAGACAAUAUCAGACAACCCCGAAGAAGCUUUUGAUUCAUCGUCUUCCUCGUGCAAACUCUCAACAGAGAAAACCAAGACAUUUUCUUCUGGAAGUGGUGAUAAGACUAAGAAGAAGAGGGUGAUAACGAGGGUUGUUUAUCCAUUCGCAUUGGUUAAACCCGGCGGCAUCGACGGUGACACGACGUUAAACGACAUCAACGAGAGGAUUCUAAUGCCGCCGACGAGACCGGUGAGGCACCCUGUCGGAGACUUCGCUUGUCGGCCAUGCGUAUCGGCCGAUGGUCCCGGCCUUUCCGGUAAAGCUGUUGUGGCCCUCACCAAAAUACACACUCAAGGGAGAGGCACCAUCACUAUUAUUCGGACCAAAGGUUAAGGAAAACACAAUUUGAACUCUUUGUUGUUGCUUGCCUUCGACUGAAAAAAAAAUUGUAUAGGAGGAAACACAUGGGGUUUAUGAAUCA